AUGUAUAUGAAGCAUAGGCCAAGGGUUCACGGUCCGCUCUUUUUUCCUUUUACAGAAGAGAGUGGUGGACACAAACCAUUGGCUUGUGUGAGAAGAGGACCGGAUCGUAAAUCCUUGGCUAGUGAGAGGAGAGGAGCGGAUCGUAAAUCCUUGGCUAAUGAGAGGAGAGGACCGGAUCGUGAGUCCUUGGCUAGUGAGAGGAGAGGAGCAGAUCGUGAAUCCUUGGCUAGUGUGAGGAGAGGAGUGGAUCGUGAAUCCUUGGCUAGUGAGAGGAGAGGAGCGGAUCGUGAAUCCUUGGCUAGUGUGAGGAGAGGAGUGGAUCGUGAAUCCUUGGCUAGUGUGAGGAGAGGAGUGGAUCGUAAAUCCUUGUCUAGUGAGAGGAGAGGAGCGGAUCGUGAAUCCUUGGCUAGUGAGAGGAGAGUAGUGGAUCGUGAAUCCUUGGCUAGUGAGAGGAGAGGAGCAGAUCGUGAGUCCUUGGCAAGCAAGAGGAGUGGAUCAAACAUCAAGACUAAGAAAACAUGUCUGAUCCAUGUAACUGCAGUGAGACUGGAACAUGUGUCUGCUCUGAUUCGUGUCCAGCAACAGGAUGUAAAUGUGGACCCGGAUGUAAAUGUGGUGACGGGUGUAAAUGUUCAGGCUGCAAAGUCAAGUGUAACUGCAGCGGAUCUUGUGGUUGUGGUAAAGGAUGCACGGGACCGGAAAACUGCAAAUGCGCAAACGAUUCCGGAUGUGUCUGCAAAGUCAAGUGUAACUGCAGCGGAUCUUGUGGUUGUGGUAAAGGAUGCACGGGACCGGAAAACUGCAAAUGCGCAAACGAUUCCGGAUGUGUCUGUAAGAAAUGAGUGCGUGUAAACAAAGGACCGAUGGCGGACGCACUUUAUUGUUUUAUUUUGUUUCUCCUGGAUGUAUUCUAAAGUUAUUGUUAGCAUAAUAAAAUAAUUCCAAAAAUU